CAGUAUAAAGGAGGAACCUGUCCUCACCCUUCCCUGGUGACCGUUGCAGAGACCAACACCAGCUUCCCCACCCUGGAGAAAGCCUAGUUCCCGGAGCGAAGGGGUACAAAGUCCAGGCAUGACAAUGGCUGACUGGAACAAAGGCCUGGACCCAGGCUUGAUUCACCCACGAAGAAAGGAGCAGCUUGAGAUGAGUGACUGUGAGGGUGGUGAGAAGUAGCACGGGGCGUGACACACGCGAGGUGUCCUUUAAUUAAACUGUACAGAUCACCACUGCAAUUUUCCAGAUGAGGAAACUGAAAUCCAAAAAGAGAAACCAACUUGUCCAGGCUCACCUCCAACAUGCAGAUUCCGGCCUUGCUGUCCCUGCUGCUUGUUGCGUCUGUGGGCCUCGUGAAUGCGCUUCAGGGUGACCGGGGCCCACGGUCUGUCCGUCAGGCCCAGAGGCACUCCAUCACCCGGCGAGGCACCUUCUCUCAAGAAGCAGCCCUGGACAUGGCCCUGGCCUCCUUCGACGACCAGUACGCGGGCUGCGCCGCGGCCAUGCGCGCUGCGCUCCCGGAGCUCAACCACUCGGAGUUCCAGGCCAACCGCGUGUACGCCGAGGGCUGGGCGCUGGCCGGCGGGCAGUGGCGGGAGCGCCAGGCCUGGGGCGCCCCGUGGGGCCCGAGCGCUGCGCCGCCCGCGCCGCCGGGCUUCCGGGACGAGCACGGGGUGGCGCUCCUGGCCUACACGGCCAACAGCCCGCUGCACAAGGAGUUCAACGCGGCGGUGCGCGAGGCGGGCCGCUCCCGGGCGCACUACCUGCAGCGCUUCCCCUUCAAGACGCUGCACUUCCUGCUCACAGAGGCCCUGCAGCUGCUGGGCGCGGGCCAGGGUCCGCCCCGGUGCCACCAGGUGUACCGCGGGGUGCACGGCCUGCGCUUACGCCCAACGGGCCCUGGGGCCACAGUGAGGCUGGGGGGCUUCGCCUCCGCGUCCUUGCAGAACGUCGCAGCCCAGCAGUUCGGCCAGGACACCUUCUUCGGCAUCUGGACCUGCCUAGGCGCGCCUAUCAAGGGCUAUUCCUUUUUCCCUGGAGAGGAAGAGGUGCUGAUCCCCCCCUUUGAGACCUUCCAGGUGAUCAAUGCCAGCCGACCGGCCCAGGGCCCUGCCCGCAUCUACCUCCGCGCCCUGGGCAAGCGCAGCGUGUACAACUGCGAGUACAUCAAAGACAAGAAGUGCAAAUCUGGGCCCUGCCGCCUGGAUAGCUCAGCCACCCAUAAGGGCUCCCUCUUGGCAGUCUGGUCCCUGCUGCUGUCACUGUGGUUCCUGUAGGACCUGCCAACAAGUACAGACCUGCUGUGACCCAUGAGAUCAGACGCCUGAGCAGCCCCUGCCUGCGCCCCUGCCAGCCGCAGGACAUUGGCCAUGCGUGCUCAAAGUGUACCUGAGCGCUCUGGUGAGCCCAUCUACAGCUGCCAGUCCUGGGGAGUCCCAGGACAGAACCUCAGGUUCUUGGAGUGAGGUUCCUCCUAGAGGUGGGAGAACUCCAGGACAGCAGCUGUUCACCUGCAGACAGAAGAGACCUCAACUCAAUGGAAGGACAUUGGGGUGGGGAGAUGGCACCUGGCCAUGGGACCCGUGUGAUUCCUAAUCACUCUGCAGAAGGCUGCCUCUGGCUUUUGCCACUGGCUGGGUUAGGAUCCCUGCCCCUGCAUUCCCACGGGUCCCAGUCCCUAGUUUCUGAAGGCAGAGACUAGGUCACAGGCACAGUGAUGGUGCCAGUAACCCUGUGAGAGAGUCAGAAAGGAACUAGUACCUGUGAAUGACUGAUCCCAGCACCGGCCCUACUCUGACACUUUGCAUGGCUCCAACUGUGUGUGGGAAUGGGAUGGACCAUAUGUAAUUCAGGAAGACGGGACCCAGGAGAAAUGCACAGAAAUGCACAGGAGAACUGGGCUCUUUCCUAGGAGCCUGGUGGUUUUUCAGCAAAGAUGUAAUUUCUGCUUUGA